AAAUCUUCGCUAAAUAGCAAUAUGGCGGCUAAUGGUGACAGCCAGGCUAUUUCGAUCUGUCAAAUAACAGUGUAUUUUUGGCGUUUCAGAUAUUAAAGAGAUAUCUCGAGUCUCAAGCCGCGAAAGAGAGAGAGAAAGUAUGAUGUUCAAUUGAAUUGCAAAUUGCACGCGUGAUGCAUCAGCGAUAUGCGACCUGUAACGCGAUCGAAUGAGAUUUCUUGCGAUGUAAGUGAGAGGUUAUGUCCCGAGGAUAGUGAAUAAAACGAGAAUUUUUCUCACAUUUUUCCUCCACGGAUCCGAAAGAUAUGGCUCGAUUUUCGGCACAAUGCGAUCUAGUCGCGUCUUAUAUGGACGGCGUUCAUGUCAAAAUCGCGGAGGCCUACAAACCGCCGAGGAAAAUCGGUCUCCCAGCAGCUUACAACAACCGUUUGCCUGACGUGUCGAAGCUGACGUACGACUUCAGUUUGGAGAAAUCGGUACUCGAAAAGAUGUGCGAAUGGCGCAAAGCCAGACAGGCCUACAGCAAAGCUCUUCAAGCUCGAUUGAAGGAAAAGAGGAAAAAAGAGAAAGAGGAAACUCCUCCGUCACCGCCACUGGACUGCGUGAAACAAUUGCCUAUCAAUGCGGCACCUGCUCCGGAGACGACAAUACUUACACCACAACCUUUGUCACCUCCAGCGAAUGAUCUUCAGGACCUUCAUGCAAAGACCAAUGGAGGUCUAGACUUUGCUGACUUUGAUAAUGACACAAGCAGUCCCUUUGACAACAUGGAAUUAAAAACUAUUAACGAUAUGGAGGAAUUGGCACAGGUUUUACAACCUAGAUCACAAUGGGUACCAGCAGGAAAAUUGGAGAAUAUUAUAAAUGAAUUAUCGAUCGAUGACACUUCAGAAAUUUCCAAGGAAGAGAAAGUCGAUAAUGUAAAGACUCCAGUGGACAGUCAAGCCGAUGAAGAUGAACUAGCUGAUAUUGAAAAUCAUCGUAGCAUUUCAGCAAUAAUGCAGGAACUUCAAAAGGAAUUAGAACGACCUGUUAUGGAGAAUUGGAAACCGUGGCCCGAUUUGGAGAGUCCGGAUAGUGACGAAUGUACAACUCCGAGACAUGAUGAUGCGAUGUCGAAUCACGCCAAAUCACCAACUGAUUUGUUGUCGAGUAUGACAGAGGACGAUUUAAAGUUGGUGAUGCAGUUAAGUGACAUGGGAUUUCCUAAGUGUAGAGCGGCACGCGCGGUGUUGGAAUUAGGUCGUAUACACGAGAAGAAAAUCGUAGAAUAUCUAUUGGCCGUCCAGUCUCUAGAGGAAAACGGCGUCCCGAAUGAUUACGCCGAGAAAGCACUGACACUCACGCAACACGAUCAAUCAAAAGCAAGAAUGUACUAUGAAAAUUUAUGUACAUUGAAAGAUUUAGGAUUUCAUGAAGAUGCAGUCUCCGCGGCGUUAGUGAAGUGUAAUUUUGAUCGCGACAAAGCGUUAGAUCUUCUGAUCGCUUGAGUAAAUCAUCAAAUCAACAUCUAUGGACUAUAUAUAAAGAAGAAAAAAUUUUCCGCGAUUUAAUUUUAUGUGAAAACAAAUGAAAUCUAAAAAAAAGAAAUUUAACUUUUUAUAUAUUACAUGGAAGAUACGUCGCAUCUCAAAAUUAUAAGGUAUAUUUUAUAUAUUGAUAAAAAAAAAAUACUAUUUACUCUAGUCUUGAUAAUAUCUAGAGAAAGCUAUAUUCAACCAUAUAUGAUAUUAUAAUAAUUUAAUUUUAAUCUAUUAUGAUAUAAGAAUCUGAAUUCUUACUGGGCAUUAUCAAACAGAAUAUUCAUCAGUUUAACAAUUAACUGCUGCAGAAUAAAUUAUUAUUGUAUAGCAAGCUCUAGAAAUUUAAUUUACAGACUAUUAUCACAGGAUUCUUUCACAUUUCAACAAAAAAGAAAUUUUUUAUUUCGCUAAUAUCUUUUACAUACAAAUGUGCAUUAAUUAAGUACCUAUCAAUAUCUAAAUGAGGAGAAUCAAUUCAUCAAUUGAUCGAGUGCCAAUGAAGCUUAAUAGUCAUAUUUGAAUGUGUAGCAAAUGUAGUGGCGCAACUGCAAAGUUAAAGAAGACUUAUGAGAACUGAUAUAUACUCAGGUACUAUACAAUUAUUUUAUACGUUACCUUUUGCUACAACAUAAAGCUAUCAUUAUCAUGGACUCUGCGUAACGGCUGAUACCGAUAAUGAUCCACGCUUCUGUAAAUAUAGGUUGCUGACACUGUGUAUUUAUACAGAUACUGGCAGGUCCAUUCAUUAAUAAACUGUAUAAAGUAUAAUUUGUAGAAGAUAAUGUAAAGUCCAAUUUAGUAUUCUUGAGAAGAGAUUCGUAGAUUAUUGUUACAUUUGGAGGAGAAGUGAACACAUUGAGGGUGUGUUUGUAACUAAAAAUGUGUUGAAUUAUAAGAUAUUUAUAUUCUAUCGAUAAAUGAAAAUAUUCCUGA